CUUCGGUGACACAUACGUUAGACAGCAUAUUUAAAUGGCAUGGAUUCGCCUGGUGAUUUUUAGCAAAAUACUUUUUUUUUUGCUUUUGUCAUGUUUCACAGGUUUGAAGAGCAAUACCUGAAACAGUUCAUACGAUCUGCCGAUAAGCACUUUGUGCCUGGCUACAAUGUUAUCUUUUACAUCAUGAUGGAUGAGCCUUCCAGGCUACCUCGCAUAGAGUUAGGUCCUCUUCGGACAUUUAAACUACGUGCAAUAUUCUAUGAAAACACAUGGCAAGACAUUAAUCUCAUAUUCAUGAAGAAUUUAGGUGUGUUCAUCUUAAGCCACAUGCAGCAUGAAGUCAACUUUCUUUUCGUUAUGGCUAUAAACCAGAUCUUUAAGAAUGACUUUGGAGUAGAAACCCUGGGAAAGUCGGUAGCUCAACUCCAUGCAUGGUGGUAUUUUAAAAAUGCUAACAAUUUUCCUUAUGAGAGAAAUUUCAAAUCGGCAGCUUUCAUUCCCUUUGGACAGGGAGAUUUCUAUUAUCAUAGUGCAAUUUUUGGUGGGACUCCCGAGGAAGUUUUAAAACUCACUGAAGAAAAUCAAAAAGGAAUUAUUCAUGACACCAAAAAAGAACUUACCAGCAUAUAUGAAAGCCACCUAAACAAAUAUUUUUUUCUCCAUAAACCCACUACACUGUUAUCACCAGAAUACAAUUGGGAUCCAAAUUUUCAUACCCCUCCACAAAUUAAACAUAUUAAGAUAGCAUGGCAGUCAGAAAAGGUUCAAUGACUAAUCCGUUAAGUUUAUGGACUAAUAAGUGAAUCACAAUUCUUCAUAAAUUUAAAAUGUAUUAAAUUUUUCAGUUUUUUAGAGAUUUACAAAAAUGGACAAUCUUCCAAAAUAAAUUAUUUUUCUCCUUACAGUUUUGAGCCAUCUAAUUCUAGUAAUGUUGGCUAAAGAAUAAAUGGAUGAUAAUUUAACGUUAAUACACGGUGAUGUUAUCUAUAUAUUAUAAAUGAUUUGGAAACACUUUUGGAGGCAUAAAGUGGAUUUAUAUGGAGAAACACUCAGACUUUUAGUUCAGAAUACACACACUGUUGGGGAAAUGGUCUGCCUCUACGCCUCCCAUCCAGGCUGCCUAAGUAAAGGCAUUGGGCCCACAACAUUCUCUGAUAAGGAGGCUAGGAAUUGGGUUGCCUUCCCUCUCCCAGUUUCUUCUCAUCAGAGAAGGCUUCCCUCUGUUCUUCGCACACAGUAGCUUUCUCUGUCUCUUGUACAUGCACGGGCAUCACAUGGCACCUGUCCAACCCCACUUCUAUA